AUGGAAAGUGUUCGUGAAGGCUACGCAACAGCCCCAACAGACAUUUGCAUACAAAUAAACCCUCCAGAAACAAUAACAAGUUCGAAUAGUUCUUUAUCUUUGGAAGAGGAGUCUCAGGCUAUUCCUUCGGGGCUUAUUAAGUAUAAAUGGCAAUUGAUAUUAGGAGAUAAAGCGACUCUGCCAGAAAUUCUACAUAGUAUCGAGCAAUGCAAAGCAUUAGUUUUGGAGACUGAAAGUGGCUCCGAAGAACGUAAAUGGGUUGUCAGGCAUUUGGUGGAGUUACGACUGUGUGCUGAGGAGUUGAAGGAUGCUUUGGAGGAUCCCAAUUUGCAAAAGGAACUUACAAAAGUAAUAUUAGGGCAUCAUUUUAAAUUAAGACAACAAGCACCGACUACUAGAAGACAACAUUGCGAUCAUUGCAGUGGAACAAUAUGGAGCGUUGUACAAGCUUCUUAUAUUUGUACAGAUUGUGGUUUCUGCUGCCACCACAAAUGUGUCGGCCACAUUUUGCGAGUUUGUGCAAAUGUGAUUGUUACAGAAAUGGGAAAACCGAUCAUAGAUAUUUGUCCUGAGAAAGGAUUGGCUUCACAAUUUUAUAAAUGCUUUGAAUGCAAGACAUUGCUAAUAAAUAAAAAUCUGGAUCCUAGACUUUGUGACUACACAGGAAAUUAUUAUUGUUCGACAUGUCAUUGGAAUUCAGAGGCAAUUAUCCCAGCAAGAGUUAUCCAAAAUUGGGAUUUUGAACCACGUCCUGUAAGCCAAUCAUCUUUGCAAGUUCUAAAUUUAUUUUACAAUCGUCCUGUGAUCGAUUUACAAAGACUGAACCCGAGACUGUUGGAUUUUGUUCCUGAAUUAAGUGUUGUCAAGAAAAAUCGUGAAGACCUAGUAUCAAUGAUGAAAUAUAUAACAGCCUGUAGAAAGGCUCAAGAAGAUAAUUUAAUACAACACAUCACCGGAAAACGACAUUUGGUGGAAGAAUUUGUAGAAACCAAAGAUUCCGGAGAAUCACCGGAGUCAUACUUUUUAUACAGCAUGUCGGAUUUAGAAGGAAUUUUCAAUGGAAGCUUAAAUAACUUUUUGAUAGACUUAAGAGAGAAAUAUCGUACGCAUAUCAUCAAUUGUGAGAUUUGCAAAGCAAAAGGCUAUUUAUGCGAACUGUGUGGCAACAACGAAAUAAUUUACCCUUUUGACAGUUGUGCGAUGCCAUGUUGGAAAUGCAAUUCGAUUUUCCAUCGACUUUGUUGGACGAAAAAGGCAAAGUGUUGCCCGAAGUGCACGAGGAUCGAGAGGAGACAAAACGAAACCAAAAUUGAAAACGACAUAUAA